AUGCUCCUAGUAAGGCCAGAGUCAGUACCUCCUAACUACCAUGAUAGUAGAUGGAAUUGGUUUCAGAAUUGUCUUGGGGUGCUGGACGAGACGUACGUGCCAGUUUAUCUCCCGGCAAUUGACAAGCCACGCUAUAGGUCAAGGAAGGGUGAGAUUGCCAUAAACGUUUUACGUUUGGGAGGGUUGGCCACUGACUCUAAGAUCCUGAGGAUCGCCAUUUUCAAGACCCGAUGGUUUGAGAGUCCUCCAUGGUAUGUUCCAAAUCCUAAAUUCACCUUCCUUUCACUCCAUUCCUUUAUGAACCCUUCCUUUAAACCUUUUGUAGUGAAUGUCGUAACUUUCCUUUGGUAUAAGACAUUACUACUUGUGGAUGUCAGAUACCAAAAUGCCGAGGGUUUUCUAGCACCGUACCGCGGACAACGAUAUCACAUUAAUAUUUGGAAGCAAGGUCACAUGCCGACUAGCAAAGAGGAGUACUUCAACAUGAAGCCCUUCGCUGCUAAGAAUGUGAUUGAGAAAAGCUUUGGUGUGUUGAAGAUGCGGUUUGCAACAUUGAGGUCUCCCUCGUAUUACCCCAUUACGACUCAAACAUGUAUCGUCACAGCAUGUUAUCUUCUCCAUGACCUCAUCAAAAGAGAGAUGCCUAACAACCCCAUUGAGAACGAGUACACGGGAUGGAAACGUGAUCACAUACACAAUGUGGAGGUAGAUAAUCACAUCACUACCAUAGAGAGUUUCAAUCAAUGGACCGAGGAGAGGGAUGCAUUGGCUACAGCCAUGUACAACCAUUGGCUAGAAAAUGGUGGGGGACAAGAGGUUUUUCCAUAA